AUGAAUUUUUCUUCCGUCUAUAUUUCACCAUUGACAACAGUAGCAACUACAAAAUUGUUUGAUGAUGAAGAUUUAUCUGCAUUACAAUAUUGGAUAUUAGUUGGUGUUUUUAUUAGUUUUGGCGUGUUAUCAACAUCUAUUAUUUCAAUUAUUGUUUAUCAUGAACUGUUUAAUUCAAAUAAGAAUGUUGUGAAUGCUGAACGAGCAGCAAAAUUAAAAGAUCUCUAUGAUGCAACAGGCAUCAAAAUUGAAUUAAACGAUAUUCGACAAAUAAUGAUGAAUGAAGUUAUACUUGAAGCGUGGAAACGUGAAAAACAACGACGACAAGCUCAUCGACAUCAUCAUCAUCAUCAUCAUCAUCAUUCGAUAGAAUAG